UGUCAUGAGUCCAUAGUUAUUCGAAACAGAGGAGCACGGAUAUACGCAGGACGAGGAGCAGUAUUGUGAGCUUUGUACUUUAUGUCAUUUGAGCUGAAAGUCCGACAGCUUCGUCAUUAACGAUGGAAACUGGAAACUAUGUUGCUAGACUAAACGAGUACGUACAGAAAACAAGCUCUAAGAUGCAAUAUGAAGACGUCGGCUCUGUUGGCCCCGCUCAUCUUAAAAUAUUCACCCAGAGGGUAGUCCUAAAUGGAAAGGUCUAUCCAGAUGGUGUGGGAAAGAACAAGAAGGAAGCCAAACAUAAUGCGGCUAAAAAUGCCCUGAAAUGCUUGUUCAACAUCGAACAUCAGGACUCAGUUGACACAACAGAAAAUGCAGCUGAAGCUCCUUCUGAACCAGCUCAUCCGAGUAAUAUCAGUAACAUCAACUAUAUAUGUUGGCUCAAUGAAUAUGGUCAGAGGAACAGGUUGACCAUAAGAGCUGUGGAGACAACAAGACUGGGACCAAAUAAUGCUACUCCAAGCUGUAGCUUCGUGGUUGGUGAUAAUGAGUAUCCAGCUGCCAUUGGAGGAACAAAGAGGGAAGCUAAGGAGGAAGCAGCCAAGCUUGUAUAUGAUGUGAUAUGUGGCAGUAAAACUACAGAGACUGCAGAUGAGAAUCACAACCCCACAUCAGCUCAACGAAAGGAGGAAACAAAUCAACAUGUUUUUGAUAUCUGUAAUACGACAGGACGCCUCAGUAUGAACUCUAAGGACAGCAGUAUUACAGAGGCAAAUUACAUAGGAAUUGUCAACCACUACUGUCAGAAAAAAAACAUCCACCAUACAUUUAUUGAGGAACGGAGAUGCGGUCCAUCUCAUGACCUUCAAUUUUUCUACAAACUAGUGAUCAACGAUAAGGAGUACCAUGUGGGUGAGGGUAAGAGUGUAAAGGAAGCCAAACAAAAAGCAGCUCAGCUGGCCUGGUCUGCUCUUCAAGAACAGACAGACUGGGACAGCAAGGUGUCCGUCCGGUCAACAGUGUCCGAAGAUGGUGCACCACCUAUGUUCUCACCGCAAUCAACUACCCUGGAGUCCCAUGAAUCAUCAUCACAAAGCACAUCAAUGAGCACAAGUGGAUCAAUAAUAUUCGCUGAUUCAUCAAACCUUCCCAAGGCUCAGAUUCCCAUAAGGUCAACUGCAUCUGAAGAUGAUGCCAGAUUGUCAACAUCACUGGAGUCACUUUCAUCGUCACAAAGUAUGUCAACGGGUACAAGUGGCUCAGGAAUAUUCACUGAUUCAUCCAACUCUUCCAAGGAUCAGCAUGUUGCCAAAGACAAGAAUAUGGGGAUAAGUCAGAAUGAGACAUCCACCCAGUUAAGUGUUAAUCUUGACAGGUUUACUUCAGACUUUGAGCCCAUGGAGUGUCUUGGCAGUGGAGGUUUUGGUCAUGUUUACAAAGCAAGAGAGAAACUGCUGGAGAAGGAUUAUGCUGUCAAAAUCGUCUACUAUGAUGAAAAAGCUCUAAGAGAGGUGAAGACAUUAUCAGACCUGCUCCACCGUAAUAUCGUCAGAUACUAUACAGUUUGGACGGAGGAUUCAGGAUACAAAUGGGACAGUUCCACUGGCAGGAACAGAUCUUCCCAAAAGUACCUCUAUAUUCAGAUGGAGUUAUGUGACACCAAAACCCUUAUAGACUGGAUUGAUGAGAAGAACAAUCAGUCUCCCCAAGACUCAAAGAGAAGAGAACAAAGUCUCAGCAUUACUCAGCAAAUAGUUAGUGGAGUGGAAUAUAUUCACUCCAAGAAUCACAUCCACAGGGACCUUAAGCCUGCAAACAUCCUGUUUGGACUGGAUGGAGAAGUGAAGAUUGGGGACUUUGGUCUGGUCACCAGAGAUGAUGAUGCUUUGAUGGACAGAACAGAGAACACAGGAACCCGGUCUUACAUGGCUCCUGAACAAAGGAAGAAGAACUAUGACCGAAAAGUGGAUAUAUUUGCUCUGGGCUUGAUAUAUUUGGAACUUCUUUGGAAAGUCUCUACUGGCCACGAAAGACGAGUGGUUUUGGAUGACGCAAGAUAUCAGAAUCUUCCCAAAGACUUUUCAAAGGCUUUUCCCCAAGAGAACAAUGUCAUCAAGUUAAUGCUGCGUGAGAAGCCAGAAGACCGACCUGAUGCCAGUAAACUGAAGGCAGAGCUGGAGAAGUGGGCUCAGACAUUCAGCACAAAAAAUGUGCGUCAGGAAAAUGCAACUGUCUGAUUAUCACAAGCAAUUGUGAGAAGCUACAUUAGCAUAUAGAAACGUGGCUCUUCUGAUGUCUGUGACUUAAAUCAAAUGAUCUGAUAUACUGUUAUAAAUAUGUUGUUAUUAACAUUUUUAUGAAAAUGUUUAAUGUACUGCACUUGUAUAGCGCUUUAUCCUGAACUUUAAAUUACGCUCCUAUGGCAGUGGGUGGUAAUUUGGGGUUCUAUGUUUUGCUCAAGGACACUUCAACAUGCAAACAGGAGCUGGAAUUAUUAACCCUGCAAAUGAUGAAUAACCUAAGAAGGGGACCUAAUAUUAUGUGUUUUAAAGGACAGGGAAAGAAAAAUGAAAUCAAGUUUUAUCAUGAUACUUUUACAUGAAUUCACAUCCGUCCAGCUUUUAUUCUAAAUAAUGUCUGUAAUUUCUGUGUUCACAGUUGACAUUUUAUUCUAUGCUGGAAAUGGUUAAAUGUAUUUAAAGUGGUGUCACAUUACAGCCUUUGUUUUGUACUGAAUACCGGUAUGUUAAGUUUUAAAAAUUAAAUAAUGGUUAUUUGGAGCAUAAUGGUCAUGCAUCUACAGUCCCGACUGCGACAUCAGUGGCACCGCACUCUCCUGGGUUCCGUUCCUAUCUCACCAAGAGACAACAGUUCACACACAUCAACAACUGCAACAUGCAGCAUCCUCUAUGGUUCACCUGCAAAAGCCUUAAAUAAACUCCAAUACAUCCAAAA